AUGCUAGAUUCUAAAUUCUCUGUGGCUCUCGUCGGAGGAGGCACAAUUGCGCCUUUCCAUGCACAGCACCUGCAAAGCUCGCUAGUUCUCGAGCUGAUCGUGAUUAUUGACCCGUUUUCACUGGGGGAGAGGUUAGCGCAAAAGCUUGGCACAUCGUACUUCAAGUCAGUGUCGGUUUUACUGCAGGGCCUCCCUGACCGUCAACCAGAUGCGCACAUCGUCUGUGUCUCAUCAAGCUUGCACACCUCCGUCACCCAGGAACUUCUUGAAUGCGCUGCUCCCAAGGAAGUAUUGGUUGAGAAGCCCUUUUCAACCGACUCCAAGUCUGGUUCAAAUGUGGUUGAACUGGCUCGUCAAACUACCCAUAGCCACCGAGAGCAUGCAGCUGUAGACAAGGAUGACUUGAUGGAGGAGGGGGCAACGAUCAUGCUCCAGUUUGCUAAUGGGGUCGUUGGCACAUUUAUUGUCAGCGACAAUGUCGCAAGUCCACGUGGCUGGGAAUCUGCGACCGGUGACAACCCAAUGUUCGCAAAGGCCGGUGUUCCAGCUGAUUCUUAUCGCAUUCUUAGAACCAAAGGCACACUAAGCGAGCCCGACAACAUUCUUUAG